AUUUAACAUGAAUUAUGAAAUUGAAGGUUACUAAAUAUUUUAAAAUUAGCUGCCGAAAUUUGCCGAUGUGUGUUUUCUACUAAUAUUACUAAAGCAGUUAAAGGUGCAUCGCAAAAAUGUGUUUUUCCACGUCUGCAUAUUUUUAAUAUGUGGUGCACAGGUAAUGGAACCAACGCCGAAAAAAUGAGGAAAUUGAUUUCCGAUGUGCAAGCGGAUAUUGAAAACAACGGCUACAUUAUUCCAGAGUUGAGCGAAAUAUCCAAUAAAAUUGAGAACCUCUGCAAAACAAUUGUAACUUUUUGGAAAAAUUACAAACGGACAAAAUCUGCAGUUAUUAAAUAUCAAUCUGGAUGGCUUAAUACAAAAGAAUCAAUUUCAAUAAAACGCCCCUAUUGCAAAUCAAAUCAAAUAGAGGAAAGUGCUCAUCGGGGCCGUCCUAAACUUGAAUUUGAGGAGGCUUCAGAGAGAACAAAGCUACGACGUGUAGGUCAGCUCAUUAAAAUAGAUGAAUCCGCUGUUUCUUCUCUACGUAAUGAUGAUCGAAAUCAAAAUUUCCUGCCGGCAGAUCCCAUGGAAGUUAUUUCGCUUUUAAUGGAGACCUCCAUGACGAAGCACCAAUAUUUGCUGAUAAGAAACUUUGUAAAUAGCAAAAUAUCCUUUGAAUUUUUUCCCAGUUACCAAAGAUUACUAAGUCUCAAAAAAUAAGAUACCCUGAUGGUAUUUAUAUAGACGAAUCUCGUGCGGAAGUCGAACUACAAAGCUUACUAGACAAUACGGCAUCUAGUAUAAUAGAGCUUCAAAACAACAUCAUUGAAACUAUGCCUGAAAAUAUAGUUACGAAUUUAACUUUAAUUGGAAAAUGGGGCUUCGAUGGAAGUACAGGGCAUAGCGAGUAUAAGCAAAAGUUUUCAAACGGUGAUUUGGACGACAGAAGCUUAUUUGUAACAUCCUAUGUACCUCUCCAACUGGUUACUCAAAUAGAUAACACAAUAAUUUGGAAAAACCCCCGGCCAUCAUCGACUCGUUACUGUCGACCAAUAAGAUUUCAAUUUAAGAAAGAGACCGCGAAAGUGUCGAAAGACGAAGCAGAAUAUUUUGACGCAAAAAUUAAACAAUUAAAGCCAAAAGAAUUAAGCGUCUCUAAUAAAAAAGUUGUUAUUACCCAUAGCUUGCAUCUUACAAUGGUUGAUGGAAAGGUGUGCAACGCAAUCAGCGAAUCAUCCUCGGCAACGUGUUAUAUAUGUGGAGCAAAGCCAACAGAAAUGAACAAUAUACAAAAAUGUUUGAGUAAAGAAGUUCGCCCAAGAUUUUACGAAUUUGGCUUAUCUCCACUACAUUCUUAUAUACGCUUCUUUGAAUAUUUUUUACAUAUUUCAUAUAAGCUAGAGGUCAAAAUGUGGCAAGUACGCGAUGAAGAAAAGAAGAUGCAAGUAUUGAACAGGAAGAAACACAUUCAGGAGGAAUUUCGCGAAAAAAUGGGAAUACUAGUGGACAAACCUAGAGAUGGAGGUAGAGGAUCUUCAAACGACGGAAAUAUCGCAAGGAAAUUCUUUUGUAAUGCAGAUUUGAGCUCCGAAAUAACAGGAAUCGAUGCAUCUUUGAUUCACAGAUGUGCAACAUUAUUGCAAGCCAUGGCAUCGGGAUUCAAAAUUAAUGUGGAGAAAUUUGAAAAUUACGCGCUGGAUACAGCCAAAUAUCUUAUAGCUGCAUAUCCAUGGUACUAUUUACCGGCUACCGUCCAUAAGGUCUUAAUUCAUGGUUCAGCUGUAAUAGAGUAUGCAUUAGUGUCGAUAGGAGAGCUUUCAGAGGAAGCAGCAGAGUCCAAUAACAAGGAACUAAAAAAAUAUUGA